AUGCAUCCAAAGGGGAUGUUUGCAGAGGUGGCUAAGAAAUUCCAAGAGAUGGAAGAUAUGAUCAAAACUGGGGUCAAGGAGGCACUCAAGGCUGAACUAAAGGCAAUGAAGAAAGGAAAAGGGCCAAGUGAGGAGAGUGAUGAAGAAGGGAAGCAAGAGGAUGAAGAAGAAGAACCCCAAAGGAAGGAGCUUGAGAUACCUACUGAUCAAAGAACAUUCCUUGAAUCUCUAAAGACAACAGACAAAGACUCUUCAGAAGCCAACAUGGAGAUUCCUACCUAUAGUGGGCAAGUAAAUGCUGAAGAACUUGUAGAUUGGAUAGAUGCCAUGAAUAAUUAUUUUGAGUACAAGGAAGUGGCUAAGGAGAAGAAAUUGUAUAGGAGAAUGCAAAAUUUUAAGCAGAAGGAUUUAGAUGUGGCUUCCUACACAGAGGAAUUCCACAAAUUGAGUUUGAGAUUGGGGCACCGUGAAGAGGGAAAGGAGAAGGUUGCUAAGUACUUGAAUGGACUCAAGUUCAACAUUCAAGAUGAGAUAAGUUCGAUGACUCCCAAAAUAGUAGAUGAAUGCUUUCAAAUGGAUUUGAGGGUAGAAGAUAAGUUGAAAAGAAAAGGUGAACAAUAUGGCAUGGGAAGAGGAGGCAAGAACUCUAGAGGAAAAGGAAAUUUUGGGGGAAGAGGACAAUCUCAAAAACCCCAAGGGAGCGGAGCUCCGGUGGCGCACCGGUGGCGGCCGGGUGGCAAGGCGGCGACCGGGUGGCGGCCCGGUGGUGGAGCGGGGGCCAGCCGGGAAAAGGGGCCAGGCGGGCCGGAGGCGCUGGCCAGUGCUGAGCGCGGAGCUGGCGGGGAGCAGCGGCUGGCGGCGGGCGCAGUGCUGCACUGGCGGAGAGACUACCGGCAACGACUGGAAAGGAAGCGGCGGUCGGCGGAGGGCGCAGCGGCUGGCGGAAGCGGCAUCCGGAAAGGAAGCGGCGGCCGGGCGAGCUGGCCAGCGGCGACAGGCGGCGGUGGACCGGGCAGCGCAGCGCAGGGAGGCGACGAAGCGGUCGACGAGAGUCGGAGACCGGGUCGGUGGCGGCCGGAAAAAAUAGCGGCGGCGGCCGGCGAAGACAGGCCGUGGGGAGUCGGAGGAAUAGCAGCGGCGUCUGAAAAAGGACGGAGGGGCCACCGGCGGGGGCCGCAGGGGCCGGACUGA